UGCAAUUAACUCAGCAUGAAUUGCAUACGGUAAAUGCUACGCAAAAACAGGUGCGGCGUGCGUAAGAAAUAGUCCAAAUGAAGACGAAGGAGAUAAUAAUGAUACAGAUCUCCGAAGGGACGAAGCACAACCUGCCACGUCCAUAUUCGCGCCGUCCGCGACCCCCUCUCGCUCCAUGGUCGGCCGCUGUAAACAUCAGUAAUGGUUACAUAUGAGACAAGAAACGACCUGAAGUGGUAUCUGCGAAACGUCAGCAUGAGGCCACUUAGCCUUGACAAUCUAUUCGACGAGCCCAUCUUGAUCUUGAGGCAAACUUGAUUCGCGCAGCCUUCGUACGUGCAGGGACCUGCCGCGCUUGGCUUCCGGCCGCGAAAGCUUGUAUGCCACCCGAACAUCAGUACGGGUGGCUGUGCGCGACAAAAGUGUCGGCCAGAGGGCAGCGCGGAUGAGCCUUCCGGCGGAGAGCUGCGUAUCGCGCAGGUCGUGCAUGACGCCAACGCGCGCGACAAGCAUGCCUCAAGAUCAUUGUAUGCGCGCCUUUUUUGAGCCUGCGAGACGAGAUGAGCGGACGCCGACGCUACAACUGUGGUGCGACAUACCCGGCGAGCUUACAGGGAAGUUACCCCCAUCCUCCUCCCCAUCGAACUCAACUUCAUCGUGUCCUCUCUUCGAUGAUCUACUCGAGGAAGACAUAGUGGACGGCUUCCUCGACAGGUCAUGCUCAGUACUGGGAGAGGUGGUAGUAUCUUCCUCCAGAGAUUCGAAUGUCCACUCCUCGUCUCCAGCGUUUGCAUGCGAGACUAAAUCUAGAAGGUGUGAUGAGCACGUAUACUCCCGAAGAACGAACGCGGACUUACCAUUGUCUUUGACUGGUGCAGAUGUCAGCUCACCGUCGUCGUACUCUUCAAAGUCGUCGUCAAUAUUCUCAACAGUGGGAUUCCCGUUACCGGCGUCAUACUGGUCCGCAGGUAAGGUGGUGAAGUCGCUCAGGAAGGCGGGUGUCUCGAGUACGUCGAUGCCCUCGGACGACGCAGGGUUCGCGUCGUCGAAGUCGGUAGCCGUCUCGUCCUUGAAGGCCUGACGUUCCUCAAGAUCUCCCUCCGCUUCGCCUCCGAAGUCCUCGGGCAGGCCUUCACCGAACUGCUGCUCGACAUCCUCGGGCGCGAC